UUCUCUCUCCAUUUCCAGUCAUGUUCUGUUCUGUUCAUCCCUCUCUCCCUUAUCCCACUUUUAAUUAUAAAUUAUGAAGCCUGGCUGUGGCUGCUGACCAAUUCCGAGAUAUUGGCCCACACAAUGAGAAAAAUAAUACUGAAUUUGAUCCCAAUGUGUUCAGAUUUCGUGGAUAAUUCGUAAUGUGUAAGAUUUUUUCAGAUGGGCAUUUCCCAAGUUGAUUCAGUUUCCUAAUUUUCUUUUGGGUUCGAAGACUUGAGAAACUGAAGCAGCCAUUGAAAGAAGGAAGAUGCUUCACAGCUUCACAGGGUAAGAGAUUCUUGCUGUAACUUUAACCAAUUUCUACCUUGUCUUUUGCGCUGAGACGACGAAGACCAGGGAAAAAGAAGAACAGAAAAGCAAUUUUUAAUCGAUUCAACUGCGAGAAUUGGGGGUUUUAGGUUUUAACACGAAAGAAGAACAGAAAAGCAAUUUUUAAUUGAUGGGUCGAUGUCAAGUCAGCGCAAAAGUCAAAGCUCCCGUUUGGAAUCAAGCAGCAAAAGGGAAUUAUUCCCUCACAAAAUCUCAGUCUGCGGCGUCUCAGAUAACGCCCCACAUGCCUUUCCCUCCGCCCACAACUCUUCCUCUGGCUCUGCCUCUGGUUUCAGCAGCGGUUUUCGAGCCUCCGCCUCCUCUCCCGACUUAAUGGAGCUCUUGAAUCCCCCAUCUCUGCACGCCCUUCAUGGGUUCUCUUCGUCUCGUCGUUUGCUUCAUCCGAUGGUGAACCCUCGAUUGCGCGGCACCGCCGACGAAGAAGGGGUUCACGGCGGCGAUUUUGUUUACGUUGCUGUUGGGAAAUCGGUUGACAAGUCUACAAGUUUGCUCCACUGGGCCUUCCGUCGCUUUGGCGAUGAAGAAAUUCGUCUCCUCCAUGUUCAUCAGCUCUCUUCUGUCAUACCCACGCUACUAGGGAAGCUACCUGCAAGCCAGGCAAAUACAGAUGUGGUGGCUGCAUAUAGGAAGAAGGAGUGGGAACAAACAUCUCAGCUUCUUGAAAAUUAUAUGGGGUUUUGCCAAAGAGCCAAGGUAAAAGCCGGCAUUGUUGUGACGGAAGCUGAACAAGUUCAGAUAGGGAUUGUAGAUUUGGUUAACCAAUACAAAAUUCGGAAGCUUGUUAUGGGGACUAUGGCAGAUAAUUGUGUGAGAAUGAAAGUAAAAAAGAGCUCUAGUAAAGCAGAUUAUGCUGCCAGAAAUAUCCCCUUACUAUGUGAGAUAUCGUUUGUCAACAAAGGGAAGCACGUGUGGACCAGAGAAGCUGUUGAAGGCUCAAGUUUUACUUCAUCGUCGUUGCUUCCCGAGCUUGCUGUCAUCGAAAAUUUUCGGACUUGGAUAUCUCUAAAUGAUGAGAGUAACUCAUUCAACCAGGAAUGUUCUCAAUCUAGUUCUGCUAAUGGUGUAAUCGAAGGCUUAAACUGUGUUGAUGGAGAACAUUUUCACGUGGAAGGUGUUGUAUCGCAUUCUUCAGAUAGAUAUUUCUCAUGCCCUCUGCAGAUUUCUUCCAGUCCAGCCAGUACAAGUUCUGGUUCAGGAUUUUCUUCAGUGGAAGGGAGGGAGUCAUCAGGCUCUGAUUCAAAGGUUGAGGAAAGGGGUUUAUACGGGGAACUAAAAGAAGCCAUUAUGGAAGCAGAGGCAUCAAGGAACGAAGCAAUUGAGGUGAAUUUGAGAUGUAGAAAGAUGGAGCUAAAAGCUGCAGAAUCCAUGAAAAAGUUCAAGGUCUUCAAAUGUGUCAAUGAACGUGAAACUGAUCUUAGGAAAGGGGCAGAGGGAAUGCUAGGGACGAUAAUCAAGAAGAAAGAAACACUCUCAGAAGAAAGGAAUGAAGUACUGGAGGAGCUGGAGAGGACCAUGAAAACUCUUGCUCUUCUCGACAGUCGUGCACGGGAAGUAAAUCAGAAGCAUGAAGAAGCCAGUGGAGAGCUUAUAGUUAUACAAGCAUCAAUUGCAGCUCUCAAGAAGGAAAAGCAGACUAUACAGAGCCAAAAGAUGGACGCUCUGAAUUGGCUGUCCCAGUGGAAAAGUCAGGAAGCUGGAUCUGCAAAUUGUAACAGAUCGAUCGGAUUUGUAGAGAACCUGAAUCAUCAGCUGGCUGAAUUUUCAUUCUUGGAACUACAAACAGCCACAUGUGAUUUUUCUGAAAGCUUCAAGGUUGCUCAGGGAGGAUAUGGUUGUCUUUACAAGGGUGAAAUGUUGGGUAAGACUGUUGCCAUAAGGAAGUUGCACCCACAUAAUAUACUGGGUCCAUCAGAGUUUCGAGAAGAGGUAGAAGUUUUGGUUCAACUACAACACCCUCAUUUGGUGACUUUGCUUGGCGUAUGUACGGAAGCCUGGUCCUUGAUAUAUGAGUACUUGCCCAAUGGGAACCUCCAAAAUCACCUUUUCCAAAAAGGCUACACUCCAUUGACUUGGAAGAUUCGAGCACGGAUAAUUGCUGAAGUGGCAAGUGCCCUUUGCUUCUUGCACUCUUCAAAGCCUGAAAAGACUGUCCAUGGGGAUCUGAAGCCUGAAAACAUUCUUUUAGAUUCUGAAUUCAUCUCCAAGAUCUGUGAUUUUGGUAUUUACAGGCUGCUAUCUGAAGAAACACUAUACUGCCCAAGUUUCAGACAGAGCACUGAACCAAAGGGUGCCUUUUCAUAUACAGAUCCAGAGUGUCAGCGAGAUGGAGUGCUGACGCCCAAGUCGGACAUUUACUCUUUUGGGCUGAUCAUUUUGCAGUUACUCACUGGAAAACCAAUAGUUGGACUAGUAGUUGAGUUGCGCAAGGCCAUAUCAUUUGGUCAACUCAGGUCGGUUUUAGACUUAUCUGCUGGAGAGUGGCCUAUAGAUGUCGCAAGGCGAUUAGUCAACAUUGGUCUACAAUGUUGUGAACUGAAGGGCAGCGAUCGACCCGAGCUUACGCCUACUCUCGUUAGAGAAUUAAAGCAACUGCUAGUCACAGAAGAGAGACCUGUGCCAUCUUAUUUCUUGUGCCCCAUUCUUCAGGAAAUAAUGCAGGAUCCCCAAGUGGCUGCAGAUGGUUUCACUUAUGAAGGAGAAGCUAUACGCGAAUGGUUAAACAAUGGCCGGGAAACUUCUCCAAUGACCAAUUUGAAACUCGGCCACCCGUAUCUAACUCCGAAUCAUGCCGUGCGGCUCGCCAUUCAAGAUUGGCUUUGCAGAGCUUGAAAACCUCACUUAGCUAAACAACUCUAGCUCUGGUUGGUGUACAAUAUGUUGUUUAUAUCAUCACAAGGCUAUAUAUGAUGUAGAUACUUAAAAUUUUGCAGAAAUAAAGAGAUAUCUUUGCUCUUCUUUCUU